AUGCUCCCCGAAGCCCUCGUUAGCGUUUAUCAGUCGUACAAGACGGACACGGACUUCAUCACGACCUGGCUCGCCACCACAGCACGAGCGUACGGUUGUCCAGCUAAGCUCAUAUCAGGGUUUCGAGACACGAAAGAUGACAAGCCUGACUCGGCACCGGAAGAUGGCAAGCCAGCCGGUCAACGCAAAGCAAAAUCAACCAAGGAAGCAUCAAAGUCGUCGCAGAAGAAACCUCGCAAACGAUACAUCCUUGCAGUCAAAGAUCUUCUUCCGUUGGCUGAGUUCCUCGCAACAUCACAGAAGCCAGCCCUCGUUCCUCCUCAUAGUCUCACCGCCGCUCUCGAUAGAGUGAUUGAGCUCAGAGCCAAGUUUAGCACCCAACUAGUCGAGCAUGGUGCCACGACCAACGAUCAACACAAUAGCACCCACUUUUACUUCCUAAGGGUCUUGUGUCAAGUACGCCAUGUCUUGACAGCUCAUCGGACUACUUCCCCAACCAACACAAAAGCAUCAACUGACGAUGCUGCCGAGAAGCCGCAGCCAUCCGCCAACAAGUUCGAAGGGCUACUUGUGUCUGAGCCGUCUGCAGAAUUCAUCAACGCCCCAGAUGCACCUCUACCGACGAGACCAGCAAAGUCCGAAGCCGAUGUCAACUUCGAGGCCGAGAGCGAGAUGUCGAGUUGGGACGCUCAGUUCGUAUGGCAGCUGGUUUGGAAAGACCUUUACGGAGUGCGUCAGAGGGUCAGAUACAUGUGGCAACAAUUUCGCGAAGGACGCCACGAGCUCGUCGCCGUUGCAUUGGCCACCAACACCGCCAUCGACCUCGCCCGCAACCUCGUCGAAGAUAUUACUCCAGUACUGCAAUCUCAGCCAGGGGGCUUAUUCGGGGUCAUCUGUCUCUACAAUGCCACAUUCACGCCUACAAAAAUCCGAAAAUACUCGAAAGGUCUGCUUAAUUUGCCAGAGGAGCCAACGAAAGAAGAACUUGCGUACGUUGCGGGCGUCAUAGACUGCACCAACGUCUACAGCAUGUUAAACCAACUCCUUCCACAAGAUACAGGCCCCAUCAAUCCACCGCUGGUCACAAAAGGCAGCCCAAAGAUCCGACUAGCGAGAGCUCAUGGCAACUACCUUAUUGACCGGAACACGCUUUCUCAUGUUCUCUACGAUAUGAAGUUCAUUCUCCAUUACAUCCCAGAUUGGCCAGUGGAUGAUGGCGUCCUGCGAGGAUUCCGAGAAACGACCCGCACGAGGGAGAUCCCCUUCUAUUUUGUGUAUGCGGCCCAACUUCUCAUUGACAUCCAUGGAGUUAUGGGCAAUAACCUGCCAUUCAUUCGAGUACAAUUCAUGCGAGGGUUGUCGACACUGCAGGAGCUCAUGACACAGGCAUGGUACAUCCACCAAAGCACAAGAAUGGACCCAAAGGCGCUAAGAUGCUUCCCGCUCCUCCAACGUACGGUGCUAAGCAUGCCCAAAAUGACUCGCGAUCCCAUUCUCGUCGAAAAACAACGGCUCAAGAAGCCCAUCGCAGAUCCCUCUCUGGAACGCCUACGGCUGAUGAAAACUGAUCCGGUCAUGGCUGGUCUGGUCAUGUACACCUUUCGAGCAGCAACGUAUCGCAUUGGGAUUUGCCUUGCGAACGACACACUAUCCGCCAUCUCGACUAUGCAUCUCUACAAUGCUUUGUAUCAAGAAGGUUUACUCAAGGCUAAGUGGUGGGAUAUGGAGCUUAUCAAGGAACUGGCCGGCAAGUCCCAAUUCUACGUGGGCAACCCCCCAAGUGAUCCGAAAGGAUACAUCAAAAGUUUUCUUAUGCAGACCGGUCUGAAGAGCGUCUACAUGAGCCAGCUGCAAAGGUCAAAGACACAGACAAAGCUGUACAAAGAGCUCAAGAACAGAAGACGUAUUUCUGAAGGGGCGACUGUUUCUAUGAUGUUUUACGAAAGGUACUGCAACGAGAAAGGCGAGACCUCGACAGGCAACUGGACCGCUGAAGACAUCGUACGCAUCCUCGAUCACUGUCCGGAGGGUUUGUGGUUUGAUCACCCCCAAGAGGAACCAGAGGGCGACAAACGGGACAAGUGCUCCAAGAAGUUGACACAAAAGCGGAAGAGGCCUGCAAAGCCCGCCAAACCUGGUCUACCUCCCUACGAUAUCAUCACAUCCCUGGGGGUUGGUCUCUUGGACGAAGCAGCAGAGUUUGGGUUUCCCUGGCUAGCUAUGCAUCGCAACGCAUGGUUCCUGAUGCGGAAGAUUCGGAUGGCCAGCGAGCGCACCUUCAUGAUGUUGAUGCCGGGCUACAGCAUGUCUGAAGCCGGGCUGAUGACGCUUACCACGUACAUCUUAGAUGUCCUGGUGCAUCCUAGGCCUGUCAACUCUUUGGUGAGGCGGGUUCUUGAGGAAGUGGCGGCUACUUUCAAUCACUACCUCACUUAUGUCCCGAAAGAUCAUGGCUGGUCCGCUGGUGAAACAGUAUGGAAGGAGAUGGAGAUUGCUCUCGGUAUUGGACUCCAUAUGUAUGACAGGGCUGUUGGUAAAGUCCCAAAGGAUGGCGACUCUGAGGGAAGGCUACAGCCUGAAAUAGUGACAGACACGGCGAUUCCUGUGUGUUGA